AUGACUUUACGCGAUUUUUUAAAAUGUUACAACUUACACGACUUUAAUAACACUUACUUACUUUCGGUCGUGUCUUUCACAACCUUUAGUGUUGCGAUAGCCAUAAUAGAAGAUACCCCUACUUACAUAAAUAAAUUCGUUUAUUUUUAUAGAAACUUUAGAUCCCCUUUGGCAAAUAUCGAAAUUACCGCUGCUCUAGUCGCAAGUGGCUUCAUUGCCACGUCUGUUUGGGCACAUGUUAGAAAUAAAAACGAAAAAGAUAAGGAAAAUUCUAUUGUGGUAAACUUAUCCAAGAAUUUACCCAAAACUUCAAGCAAUGCCAAAGGAUCAAAGUAUCUCUUGGAAUCUGAUAACGUGCAGGAUGUUACGACUUCUUCAUCACCAAAACACAUAGUCAAAAGGUACAAAACGGAAGAAAGGGAACCCGUUACAACCGACAUUUCUGUUAUAUCGGCUCGACACUUUGAUGCUCAAAUUACAACGAAAGUACGUGGAACUGUUCAAAAUAACCCACAAUCAAAUGAAAGUUCUUUAUCAAGAUUAUCAUCGCAGCUCGGAAUCAAAAGUCAUGACAAAGAAUGUAUUUCUCAAAAUGAUCAUAAACCGAAACGUUCAAGCAAAUCAAGUAGACAAUUGAUAGCGCAAGCCAACAUGGUUUCAUUUCCGGUAGAAACAGCCACAGACGUAUUAAUUGAAUUUCGAUGUUGUCACGAUCAUGUAUUGGCCUUUAUUGGACAAGAUUUGAUCGAAUUUGAAGACUAUGAUGAAGAGGAUGAUCUUCGUCAGUUAUUGACCCAAAGGAUAUUUAUUUGA